AUGGCAGCUGCGAGCAACUUUCUAUCCGAAGAUCAGUUUCUGUGCUCCAUCUGUCUGGAUGUGUUCACUCAUCCAGUCACCACACCAUGUGGACACAACUUCUGCAAGAACUGCAUCACGGAACACUGGAAUACUAAAGUCCAGAGUCAGUGUCCAAUGUGUAAUAAGUGUUUUGACAGAAGACCAGAGCUGCAUGUCAACACUUUCAUAUCUGAGAUGGCUGCUCAGUUCAGACAGUCAUGUGUAAAGGACACCACUAGCUGCUCAGAGCAAAAACAAGCCAAAUCAGCAGAGGUUCUAUGUGAUGUCUGCACUGAAACCAAACUCAAGGCUGUGAAAUCCUGCCUGGUUUGUUUGGCCUCCUACUGUGAGACUCACCUGGAGCCUCAUCAGAGGAUCCCAGGCCUGAAAAAACACAAGCUAAUUGAUCCUGUGAAGAACCUGGAAGACAGGAUGUGUAAGAAACACGAUCGACCUCUGGAGCUGUUCUGCAAGACUGAUCAUACAUGUGUUUGUCGGUUCUGUACUGAGACAAGUCACAAGAGACAUCAUAUUGUUUCUUUGAAAGAUGAAUAUGAAGGAAAGAAAGCAACACUCGGCGAGACAGAGGCUGAAAUUCAGAAGAUGAUCCGGGAGAGACAAGUGAAGAUUUGGGACCUCAAACACUCAAUGGAGCUCAGCAAAGAAGAGGCAGACAGAGAGCUUGCUGAUGGUGUGCAGGUCUUUGCUAAUAUGAUGGAUUCUGUUGAGGAAUGUCUUGCAAAACUUAUUGAGAUGAUUGAAGAGAAGCAGAAAAAAACUGAGAAACAGGCUGAAGGUUUCAUCAAAGAGCUGGAAGAGGACAUCUCUGAGCUGAUGAAGAGAAAUGAUGAACUGCAGCAUCUUUUACACGCUGAAGACCACCUCCAGUUCCUCCAAAGCUUUCCAUCUCUGAACUCUGCUCCACCCAGCAAAGACUGGACAGAGGUCAGACUUCACUCAUCAUAUGAGGGGACUGUGAGGAGAGCUGUGGCUCAGCUGGAGGAAACACACAGUAAAGAGAUGAAGAGGCUGCUUGAGGCUGAACUGAAGAUGGUCCAGCAGUAUGCAGUGAAUGUGACUGUCAAUCAGGAAACAGCACAUCCUAAACUUAUCAUAUCACAUAAUGGGAAAGAAGUCAGUCACGGUGAGGUAAAACAGAAUCUUCAAGACAACCCAGGACGAUUUUCCUCAUGUUGUGGUGUCUUAGGAAAGCAGGGCUUCACUUCAGGGAGAUUUUACUAUGAGGUUCGGGUUAAAGGGAAAACUGACUGGACUUUAGGAGUGGCCAGAGAGUCAAUAAAUAGGAAGGGGGAAAUUAAGGUUUGCCCCAGGAAUGGCUACUGGACUGUAUGGUUGAGAAAAGGAAACGUAUAUCAUGCUAAUACCAGUCCUCCUGUCCUUCUUUCGCCGAAGUUACAGCCUCAGAAGGUGGGGGUGUUUGUGGAUUAUAAGGAGGGUCUGGUCUCCUUUUAUGAUGUAGAUGCUGCCGAUCUUAUCUACUCCUUUACUGGUUGUAAGUUCAAAGAGAAACUCUUUCCGUACUUUAGCCCAUGUUCGAAUGAUGGUGGUAAAAACUCUACCCCUCUGAUUAUCUCUCCUGUCGGUAACACAUAUUUGAAUAAUGAUUAGUUUUCUAAAGAAAGAACUUCAUUGGAUCAUGUGAACAACAAAACAAAUUUAGCUCCUUGUAUGACGAGGCUACAAAAUGAAUUUAAACUGGACUGAAAACCAAGUAAA